GCACAUCGAAAUUCGGGAUUGAGCAUAUUAGCGCUUUUCCACUUCAAGGGUAUCAUACAAAAAAGAAACCAUAUAUACGUGUUACUACUUGGAAUCAUUUUGAUCGAUAUAAGGCAUUAAAAAUAGUUCGUGAAGUUGGUAUUAGCACCGCUUCUGAUGAUCUAAAUCCUACAUACUAUUAUCGUAAAGUAGCCUGUGAAAAAAGAUUACCUCUUUCAAGCUGGGCGGUACUAAGUAACUAUUCAUACAAAUACAAAGGAAAUUUAUCGGCAAAUCUUCCAACGCUUUCACGGGAUCGCACUCUCGUUCUCACAUGGGAUAUCGAAAUAUAUAGCUCACAAAAAACAGGUGAGGUGCCAAAUGCAAAAUACGAAGAAGACGUUGUGUUCAUGAUUUGUAUGACUGUUCAUUGGAAAAAUGAUCCUGAACCAUUAAAACAAAUCUGUCUUGUUGAUGUUGAAACUGCGCCAGACCUACGCUUGAUCACAGUUGUAUGUGAAAACCAAACCAAUUUACUAAAAGCAUUUGCAUUAUGUUGGAAAUGUUUAGCUCCGGAUAUACAUUUAGGUUUUAAUGAUUCACAAUAUGACUGGCCAUUUAUUGUGGAGAAGGCGAAAAAGUUAGACGUUCUCAAAUGGAUGUUCAAUCAUAUGUUACUAAAACCUAUGAGCCUCGAAAAGAUUACAAAAUGGCAAUAUCAAUAUAACAUGAUAAAAAAAUUCUACCCUAAAGCCGAAAAAAGUAGUCUUGCAUAUUACUUAAGGGAGUGUAAUCUUGACAACAAAGUGGAUUUACCUAUUCAUCGCAUGAACAAAUAUUAUGAAAGGGCAUUAAAAGAAACUAAUGCCACAAUGGCUGAGCAGAUGUGUAAAAUAGCCAAGUAUUGUAUCAUUGAUGCUCUUAGUUGCCAGCAGUUAAUGAUUAAGCACAAUGUAAUUAAUGAGUACAGGGAAGUUGCGAGCAUAGCAUUUAUAUCAUUAUUCGAUACGCAUUAUUUUGCAAUAGAAAUGAAAGGGCUCAAAAAUAAACGUCCUGUAACCAGCUUAGACUUUGCAUCAUUAUAUCCAAGUCUUAUUAUGACUUACAACCUCUCACCUGAUAAAAUUAUUUUAUCUCGAAAACAUGCUGAGUCUCUGAGAGGUAGUGAACAUAAUAAUAUUCCUGAAGAAAAAGGUCUCUAUGCCAAAAUAUUAGAAUAUUUAUCUAGCAAAUGGAAUGAGAUAAAGAAACGUCUUGCCCCUUUGAAAGAAAGAAAGGAAGACAUGGAACUGGUAAUAGGUUUAAUGAAUAAAGAAUACGAUUCAGUUUGUUUUGAUUAUUCUUGCUUUGAUGCGAAACAAAAUGCUCUUAAGGUAUACAUGAACACAUUUUAUGGUACGGCUGGAGAUAGCAAGUCUUCUUUCUUCUUAUGUGAACUUGCUGAGGGUGUCACAUCGGCUGGACAGAGAAAUAUCAAACUUGUUGCAGAUUUCAUUAAAAAUAAGGGAUUUGGGAUAAAAUAUGGUGAUACUGAUUUCUUAUAUCUCGUCUGUCCAAAAGAAUGUUUCCAGGAAUGUGAUGAGGCAUAUUACAAUGGUAAUGGGAUUUCGAAAGAAGAAUAUUGGUCUAGAAUAGUACAAAUCUCUAUGGAGGAAAUUGGAAUACUUCGCGAUGAAGUUAAUACUUUUCUCAGAGAAGAUAAUGGUUCAUCUUAUCUUAAAAUGGCAUAUAAGGAAGUCUUAUUUCUGGUAGUUUUUACUGGAAAGAAAAAAUACUAUGGUAUUCCACAUGAAAGCAAGCCAAACUUUAAUAAAGAGCUUUUCAUCCGGGGAGUUGAAAUUGUGGAUAAUUCACAUACCUUACAUCAAAUCAUAAAGGAUAUUCUUAGGGAAACUGUAAAGGAUAUUUCUCAGACAGAUCUUAAUGAAAUAAUUAAAACUGCUAUACAUACCUGUAAAGAAGCAGAUGCCAAACAGCUCAUUAAAAAGGACCUAACACCCGAGCCUUAUCUUUAUCAAAUUCCAGAACCAGGUAAGCGCUUUGAAUAUGUUGUAGUUGAGAAUAAUUCAUCGGAAAGAAUGGGGAACAAAAUGGAGUACCCAGAAGUAGCAAGACGACUUGGUAAAAAAAUCAAUAUUAGUUAUUAUCUAAAAAGUGUUGUCAACCUCUGUGCACGAUUUAUUAACUAUGAUGAAUUAUUCCAGCCAUCAUCUGAAAUUAUGCUGGAAGCCUUAAAAAAGUUAAAAGAUGGUAAUAAAGCGG